CCGCGCAAAAUAAAAUACCCAGGGAGAAAAACGACACUCCCACUGGAUAACCUCCACCAGGUCCAGCAACCCAUAGUCAGCAAUUGCAUUAUAAAGAGUGACAACACAACCAGCACUACCACCAAAAUCCACUACCGCUACCCCCGUCACCAACAUCAUGUCGUUGUCCAGUUCCAGUUCCUAUUCACUUUCGAAUAUAAACCCCAAACUCUUAAGACGAAUUUACCGAGCCUGUCGUCCUACCAACAAUGAACCCAAUUUAGCCUUAAAUCUUGAAAUUUGUGAUUAUGUUAAUGCUAAACAAGGGUCCACUCCACGUGAUGCUGCUAUAGCUGUUGUAAAACUCAUUAGUCAAAGGGAUCCUCAAACUUCUGAAUUGGCAAUUGCCCUUUUAGACAAUUUAGUUAAGAAUUGUGGAUAUCCAUUCCAUCUCCAGAUAUCUCGUAAGGAAUUCCUUAAUGAAUUAGUAAAACGAUUUCCAGAAAGACCACCAUUACGUUAUUCUCGAGUACAAAGAUUAAUUCUUGCACAAAUUGAAGAAUGGUAUCAGACCAUCUGUAAGACUUCAAAGUAUAAGGAUGAUUUCGGAUAUAUUAAGGAUAUGCAUCGGUUAUUGGGUCAUAAAGGUUAUAUAUUCCCCGAAGUUAAAGUUGAAGAUGCUGCAGUAUUGAAUCCCUCGGAUACUUUGAAGUCAUUAGAAGAUUUACAGAAGGAGGAAGCCAUUGUUCACAGUGCUAAAUUACAAGAAUUAAUUAGAAGAGGAAAGCCGCAAGAUUUACAAGAAGCUAAUAAAUUAAUGAAGAUUAUGGCUGGAUUCAAGGAUGAUAAUGUUCAAGAAAAUAAGAAACAAGUAACUGAUGAUAUUGCUCGAUUAAAGAGGAAAGUGGAAAUCUUGGCUGAGAUGUUGAAUACUAUCCAAAACUCUGGAGGUAAAAUUGAUGAUUCUAAUGAAGCCAUUAUUGAUUUAUACUCAUCAGUUAAAAGUUCUCAACCAAUUGUCACUAAAAUUAUUGAAGAAGAACAUGAUGAUGAAGGUAAAGUUCAAGAAUUAUUAGGAUUAAAUGAUAAUAUUAAUUCUGUAGUUACUAAAUUCCAAUUGUUUAAAGGUGGGAAAGUGGAUGAAGCAUCUAAGAUUUCUGUUUCUGGUGGUGCAGCUGCCAGUAAAGCAGCAGCUGAAUUAAAUUUGAUUGAUUUUGAUGAUGAUGAUGUAGGAACAAAUCAAGCUGAUGAUCAAGGUUAUAAUGAUUUAUUGAGUGAUUUAGCCAAUUUAGCCUUUACACCAGCUCCUGCUAGUGGUACGGCAUCCAGUACUGGUGGAUCUAGCAAUAGUAAUGAUCUUCUUAAUAUCUUUGGAUCAGGUGGUUCAAUUGCUUUAGGUGGAAACAACUCUAUACCAAGCCAUAGUGCUUCUACCACACCUUUACAACAACCUAAACCAACCACUAAUAGUUCUAGUAACGACUUUGAUUUGUUAGGUAGUGCCGGAUUAAACUCACCAUCUCCCCAAUUACAAUCAAACACUUCAUUAGAUCCAUUCGGAUUAAACUUCCCCAGUUCAACUCCUAGCCAAAUCCAGGCUAGUGCUCCUAAAUCCAAUCUCUUGAUUAACCAAUCCAAUAAUCUUAAGAUUGAGAUUGGAGUGCUUCCCAACUCCACCAGCCAAUUGUUUAAAGGUAAAGUCCUUUUGAGUAACCCCUCAGCUUCCACUUUGAAUCAGUUGAAGUUCCUUAUUGCAGUUCCUAAAUCCUGCAAGCUCGAAUUGAAACCUCAAACUAGCGAGACAUUAUUUGGCUUUGCCAACAAUGGAAUUUCCCAAGACUUUACUAUUGAAAACCCACAGAGUAAACAAUUAAAGAUCAAGUGGAAAGUGGAAUAUGCAGUUGGUGGAGCUAAGUCAGAAGAGACUGGGGUCAGCAUCCUUAAUGAAUAGAUAGUCUUUCUCUCUUUCUCUCUUUCUUACUUUGUUACUUUCUUCUUUGUUUCUUUGUUUCCUUGUUUCUAUAUCUCUUUCUUUUUAUUUGUUCGUCAGUU